AUGACGGCGCGCGACGGCGGCGUGGAGGCGGAAAAUGUCGCGCGAGUACGCGAAUCGUCACAGUCGGCAGAGGGCGCGUCGACGGCGAACGGGGCGCGCGCGCGCCUGGGACUGGGCGCGGCCAAGGCGUGGCUCGCGGGGAAGGCGUCGCGAGCGAAGAUCGCGGUUCGGGCGAAGACGAAGGCUGUGGUGCGGAGGGUGAAGCUGGAGCUGCGCGAGCAGUUCCCGCCGCCAGACGUGUGGUUCGAGCACAUGGAACGUUUGGAAGAAGUCGCGGCUUUCGAGGCGGCGGAGCGCGAGCGCGCGACGGCAGUCGUGGAGUCAUCGAGUGAUGGUGUCGGCGCGGCGACUUCGACGCCGGAAGACGUCGGCGAACCGGAGGCUUCAGUCGCUUCGGUCGCGGGGAGCGAAGACGUAAUCGACGCGAGCGCCGACGUCGAAGAGCUAAAUUUAGAUUUCGAGCGGUGCGCGUUGUCGCCGUGCGAGGCUUCGACGUCGUACGAUGAAAAUGAUUACGUGUUUGAUGAAGAGGACGGUGACGACCACGGGACGGACGAGCAUCGCGUCGUGGUCGUCCCGAGAGCGCUCGCCCUCGACGGCGCGUUGCCUCAGUCAAACACCGUGAGUUUCGUACCACCUCCCAAGGCGUUGAAGUUGACCGGUAAAGUCAUCGAUUCUUCAAAAGCGAACACGUUUUGGGCGGGCGCUCGAAGUCGGACCGGGUUCGACUUCUCGCGAGACGCGCCCGUCGUCCGCGUUACGCCGAGUUCGCCGGCGUCUCCGGAGUGCCCGAUUCCGAGUCCACCGCACGCGGAGAAAACCGCACACGCGGAAACGCCGCCGUGGUAUCUCAAGAGACUCGAUCGCGAGAGCCGCGAGCUCGCGAAGACGGCUCGAACGCUCAUCGAUUGGACGACGGACUUAUUCGACGUUUCCGCGCCGGACGCCGAUGCGCCGACGACCGAGAGCCACCUCGACGCAGACGUCACCGUGAACAGCAAAACCAAAAUGGAAAACGUUUGGAUAAACGUCGGCGAGUGCGACCUCGUCAUCGCCGUGCCGUCCUCGAAUUGCGAAAAGUGCGAGUAG